GCCAACGCCAACUACAAUUGAACGUCAUUUCCUUUUUAGCAACAUCUGAUACACCCAUUGUUGAUGAGAUUGUGUAUUGCACAAUGAUUUCGGAAGAAGAAGGAGUAUGGACACUAAAUUCGGAAGAAGAAGAAGCAUAUAAAAUGAUUUUGGAAGAGGAAGCAGACAUAAUGAUUUCGGAAGAAAAAGAAAAAGAAGCAUGUAAAAUGAUUCCGGAAAAACGUCGUCCAUGCAGGAUAAUUUCUGAAAAAAAAGAAGAAUUGAUGGAGGUGGAUGAAUAUCCACCAGAAUUGAUAAGAAAACCAUGGAUACAAAACGUCUUGUUGUCUGAAAAACAAGUUCCGAUUAAAGCAAAAGCACGCAUCGCACAACUUGAUCCAGAAAUAUAUAAAGAUGGCACUCUUUCAGGCGAAGUUACUGAUUAUGUGCAUAGUGUUAAUGUUGUAUUUAGCAAAGAAGCAGUGGAAGAAUGUCUCCAAGACCAGGCACAUGGAAAUAUUUUCAGCAAUAUUACUGCGCUAACAGGAGGGGGCAUUGUCCUUACUGAUUAUAAAGUUGUGCCUCGAUUUAGUGAUUGGGAAUUUGUUUUAUUGGUCAACCAUUUCAAAGUCCUACCAGGAUUUAUUGGUUCACUUGCAUAUGAAGAGUCAAUCCCAAAGAAUAUAACGAAGAGUAAACAUUUGAAUGAGGUGAAAGAGAAACUACAAUUUCUAUGGGAAGAACAGUAUGGUGGCUCAAGCAGUAGAAUCUCUCAUACACCAUCAGAUAUGGCAAAGGAUUGUUCCCAACCACCUGCCAUGGCAGAAGACCUGUCACUUGUAGACAAACAAUGCAUAAUCGAUGCAUCAAUUGAAAAUGUCCAAUGUGAGAUGAACAGUCAGAAUGAAUGUGGCGGCAAUCUAUCACUUAUUGUCGAUAUUGCUGAUCAGGUUUCCACGGAACAGAAGGCAAAAGAUGAUAUGAUUGAGUUAUGUAAGCAAUAUGAGCCACUAGAAAACACUGACAAUCUGAAUGUCCAAGAUGUGUUGGAUCAAAUUCACCUUGCUCACACACAGUAUGCACCUAUUGGUCUUCAUUGGGAAACUUGUCAAAGAAAUGAUAUUCCAAGUUUGAAGCUUAACCAUGCACAACCAACAAGGCCAAGUCUUUCUCAGGGGAGUGAAAGUGGAUCUUUGGAUCUAAAACUUGUACAAACGACAAAGGCUUAUUUGGUCAAAUUAUGUCAGAAAUAUAAACCUCUUGACAAUGCAGACGUUUUAGAAAUACCUGAUCUAUUAGAAAUAUUACACCAAGCACAUAUCAGAUAUGCACCAAUUCCUUAUUCCCAGACAACCUUGAACGUUCGCCAUGGGGAUGUCGCCGACUCACAAAGGGCGAGCUUAUCAAACAAAAUAUCCCCACAUGGGUUAAUAGAUGACAUUCUACGAUUUAACCCGCCCACACUGAAUGCUGCUAGUCAAAGUUGUUCAGAAGAUUCUUCACAACUUUCUCGUGGUAAACGACUAGGUGUGGCAUCUUUGAAACCUGUAACAUCAUCAACCACUUCCAGUGUUACCCGUUUAAAGGAUAUUACAGUAAUGCGGCAUACUUUAAGUGACAAGAAGAGUUGUCAAGGUUUGCCAUGUCCAUCAAAAAAUCUUAUUGACAGAAUUUUGAAUACAACAGUUUCGACAAAAAGCGCAAAUGUUGUAAGACCCACAAUAGCGCAAUCGUCACAAACCGGCAAAAAACCAGAAACGACAGAAACGCGCGAGAAAGAACGACAGAAACGUACCAGGAACUUAUGUGACUUUUUAGACACGUACUGGAUAUAUAGGAAGAAGAAUAAGAAUCGUGCAAAUAAACAACUGUAAAGCGAAUGGUUUUACAAACAAUUACUACAGUAUACUACAUCAACUUUAGUACAAAAGAGUAGGCGCAAAAUAUUCAAAAUAUAGCCCACGCAGUACUGGCGUUACGAACGUAGGGUUAUCUUUCUUGCAACUCGCAAUGCCAUUCUACUUUUAAGAGAUGCGCAUUAGUGAAUAGUCUUUAAAAUAUAUAAGUGGAAACGUCUGUAGAGUGUAAUAAACAUAAAGGUUUUGUAGUUGCCAAAUUUACAUCUCUAAAAGUAGCGUCGUAUUGCAAGUUAGCUAAAAAACCGCGCUGUGUAACAGGACUUUAAUCCCCCCCUCCCCAGUCGUUCGGGGCGCCAGUACCCUCGUUGGUAUAGUCUACGCCUGGAUAGAUAAAGAAACAACGCGAUUGAAUGAGUGAAAAAGCAUGCUUACGGACAAAAGGCGCCCAACCAUCGCUGCUGCCAUAUUGUAUUUUCUGGAAAAAGGCAGCAAUAUUUAUUGUCUGGACCGAACCAUUUGACAAACCAAUCGACCAAACCUAGACGAACAUCUGUCGCUCUACGAUACCUAAAGCAUCUCAGUAUUCGGCUUCUAGUCCCAACUGGAGCUCUCUGUAAAAAUGUAAUGCCCAAGGAACGAAAAUACGGUUUUGUUAGACACGUUAAAAUUAUUUUUAUUAUUGAUAUUAUUACUUACUAAAUUACAUCAGUAAUAAGGUAUAAAACGAGUUAUACUAUAGAAACCACUUAGUUAUCUUCAAUGACAGAUUGUGGUAAACUGAAUGUUUAAAACGAUCCGUCUUAGAAAAGAAACGGGUUAUGAUGUCUGGUUAAUGGU